CUCUAGAAACGUUAGCAGUUAGAGUCCAAAUUUCACCACUACAUUGCCCUGCUAAAGCUGGCAGGUUGACGAGGAUUGAGUGGUUCUUUGAAAUGUUUUGUCCCCCUUGAAUUUUUCCCUUGAUUGUUAAAAAUAGACUGAAACAUGCUAACAAAUCUUCAUUUCCAAACGCCAAUAGCAAAAAGUGGGGCUAUAAGAUGGCACGUAAAAGGCGAGCAAUUCCAACACAAUUCCCAGUUGGGCAAAAUGACUCCAGUCCAUCGAAGCAACAGCUACCAAAGUCCCAAAAAGCAAUGCCUAGACGAAGUUACCCCUGAUAGUACCACGCAAGCUGAGAAGCUAUUGCUAGAAUUUAUUAAGGGCCAGGAGGUUUUAGCCAAGCAAAAGGACGGAAGAUACUAUUUCGGCACUAUAGUGGAAGUGGAUGCGGUGAGGGAGCAAUGUUUAGUGAAAUAUGGAGAUAACACGCAGAACUGGUCGACCUUUAAGGACGUAACAAAACUGAGCACCGCUUUAGAACAAGAGGACCUACUGUGUGUAAUUUGUAAGAAGUCGUCGCCAAAAAAUGAAAAGCAGAUUAGUGUGUGUGAUCGAUGCGGGCGGGGAUAUCACAAAAAAUGCCACCAACCCGAAAUAACUAGUCAGAAAGAAGAUUCUAACUGGAUGUGCAAAAGGUGCCUCGAUAGCGAUCCCAAUAGACUGCGGAAAAGUGAAUCAAAACCGCCCUUCAGAAGGGAUUCCCGGAACUCCACAGGGUCAAGCACUCAGGAAACAAUGCCUUCAUCAACUACACCUAAAGUAUUACUUUACGACUUAAGUACCUUAAGCUGGGAUACAUAUCAUAGAGUAAACGAGGAGCAGAUCUAUUGCUAUUGCGGCGACCAUGGGGAAUGGUACAAGCAGAUGCUGCAAUGUGGCCGCUGCAAGCAAUGGUUUCAUGAGAAGUGCAUUGACUGUCUGCAAUUCCCUUUGUACUGUGGUGAUAGGUUUUAUGUGUUUGUGUGCGCAAUUUGUAAUCACGGCAAGGAGUUCGUCCGAAGACUGGAAAUUAAAUGGGUGGACUUGGUGCACUUGAUGCUCUUCAAUUUGACCGUCCACCAUUGCAAGAAGUAUUAUGAUUUAGAUACCGUUGUGAUACCCUACAUCAGUGAUAAUUGGCAUGCCCUUCAGCUAGGACCAAAGAUGGCCAACGUGACCAAGCUAGAGCGUAGAGAGAACAUACUGUCUGUGCUGACCAACAACAGAAACCGCUUUAAGUGUGGCAGAGAAAUCAAGAAACGAACCACCAUAUGGGGGCUGAGAGUGCGACUGCCGCCUCCCGUUCCUUGCAUCGUGCUUCCGCAACCUCAGCGAAAAAUCACUGACGUCGAACUGAAGGAGUUAUGGCAGGGAAACAGGCGACUGCAGUUCCUCGCCCCGCCCACAUACUCAAACAACCGCAAAAUUGUCUCUAGCGACUCAGCAAUGCGGAAUAUUAUGUUGGGCGUUGCCUAUCAGCAGUCGACGAACCACAGCGAGAACGAAUCCCCUUGCCCAAGCCCGGACAUGGAGAAAGAAGACAGGAUAAUCCCGCCGCCUCUUUUCUCAAUCGCAAAGCCGUCGCACAAUAAGGACCAAUAUCUAGGAGCGGGGUGCGCCAAGAAAACGGCCCCGUUCAAGAAAAUGAGCUUGCAGCGACGCAAAAAACUACUAGCCAUGACCAAUCGAGAGCGGGAUCGCAUCUUGAAGAGGCCGCGGCGCCUGGUGUCAGCGAAAUCAGAAGGAAAAGGCAAAAGCUCCGAGCCCAAACCGGCGGUCGAGCUGCCCCCGACUCCACCCACCAGCGUCUCAGCCCCCCCAACUCCGCCCGCUUCCACUGGCGGAGGAUCUUUGCAAUCCGAUUUUAGUAACGAAUUUUCCGAAGGAUCGAGUCAAGUUAAGGGUGUCUCUAACAAAAAGCAGACCUUUGCGAUGGAUUUGGAGCUGAACACGCCCUGUGAUACUUCUAGCGAUGAGACUUCUUCAAAAAGCACCUUGGACCUGAUCAUUCCGCCUCCCAAGGACUUUGAGGGGAAGAACAAUCCGUUUUUGACGCUGUUGAAAAUGGGAGUGGAUGAACCCGUGAAGAAAAAGAGAGGAAAGGAUAUUACGCUGCCACUGCCCCUUAAAACUGUGAUACCAGGCCAACCCGUAAUGCGACCUAUGAAGCGCCAGCUGAGCGAAAAGGAUAUCAUCGUCGGACCAAAUGGAGAAAUCAAAAGAAAGAAACGCCUCAGAAGAAAUCGCAGCAAUGUGUCGAACUACGGAAUCGGCCAAACUGCUAGUAAAACCGCCACUGUGACACCAGCAAAAUCCACAGACACAAACGCGCAAUUAGGCAAUUCGUUGGAUUAUUCCUUGAAUGUCCACGUGCGACGGUUAAGGCAGCGGCCGGAAAAACCGCCCGAUAAAGAGCCUCCGCCAUCAGCGGCCCCAAAACAACCAACCCCAAAGCACAGCCCAGUGAAAACUGAGCCGGAUAUCGACAUGGAGGACUUGAAGACAUCGGUUAACAUGUACUUUGGGGCUGUAAACCGGAUAGCUGCAGGUGAACGAUUUACAGUGAGAGCGAAGCGAAUAGGGCCUACCGGAAAAUUAGAGUGUCUGAUUGAAUGGGAAGGACCAGGAGGCGGUCAAGGUAUGACUUGAUCUGUUUUUGUGAUUUUAUCAUCUUCUGUGUGUUUUAUUUUUUUUCUGCUCGAUGAUCAUUCAUUUUGUUUAGCGCGUUGAUCCUUGAUAACUUGACAGAAUGUGAUAGUUUCACAAACGGAGCAUUAAAUCCGCAUACAAAAUGUCCUAUUUAAGAUUUAAGUGCGUAAAGUCCGUGUCCCAUGCAAACGGAUGCAUGAAUCACAGUCUUUACUGCCAAGUUAGUCACUGCCACAAUUCGACUGUACACAAAAUUCGGAGAUUGCAACUCCUGUUUGUUUUAUUUAUUAUUUGUAAUUAAUAAAUUAAAUAUUGAAUGUUGACAAGUAUUGAAAUGCAGUCAAAGAUCUGAUGAUGUUCCAAAGACCACGAGCUAACUAAAAUAUGUAUAAACCUAGUGGCCUGGCGGUAUGUUGUCAAGUCUUUGUUAAAUCUUGAUAGAUUACUUAUGAAGCGAUAAUUUAAUUGUGAAUAUUAGGCUAGCUAAGGCUAUUUUAACUGAUUUAGAUCCCACUUGCUUUAUAAUACUAGUCGUCCAUUGAAUCAAAAAUAUCCUUUGCUAGUUGUACUCUACGGCGCGCACGUGGAACGUGAAGGUUUAUGGAUUCUAAUAAAAGGCAGCUUUAAAUUAAGUUCAGUUUGUCCAAUUGAGUGGACGGCCAGUCAGCACAUAAAAUGUUUGAAAGCGAGGGUUUCAUCGACAGUUGAGCCAGUAUAAAGUUUUCGAAGUUAAACGAAUGUGCAGUGAGGGAGGAAGAAGUUACUGGGAAAACCCCUCCAGUAUGUGUUUUUCGCCCCAACAGCGAAAACCGCUGGUUCUUGAAACGCGCAAUCAUGUCCAAAGAGUAGGUUUGUUACUGUGUGAACAGGGUAAAAAUGUGCGGCGCUUAAGAUGUGUUUAGGAAAAAACUUAGUCUAAUUAAAACUCAUGGGACAGCAAUUAAAAGUAUCAAAGUGGCCAUGUGGCAAGCUUGCUGAAUGAGGGUCUUUAGGCUUAUAACUGCCCUGCACACAUUGGAUCAUUUUUACUUCAAUUAAGUUACUUAUGCUAUCCGAAAGUAGGGAACAGUGCGCACCAAAUACUCCAGACUUAAACUGAUUGGGGAUUGAGAAACCGCGGUUGCAAAGUGCAAAACUUUUUUUUUGUUAAAUAAUAUCUACGAAAUGUUCCCAAUUUCACUUUAAUAGCGUACUAAUGUGAUACCUUUUUAAACGUUCCAAUUCAAACUUCCCAAUGUUAUUCGCGCGAAUACGGUGUCCUUAGCUUGCAACAGGCAUUUUCACUUCUAGGUUUCAUCAAACUUAGAUCAUUAUACUUAUCACAAAGUUAAUCAUAAUUUUUAAUACUAUGCAUAUUUUUAGUUUUAAUGAGACUGACACUUAAACAUCUUCAAGGAAAACGAGCAUUUUUCAAAAUAACUAUUUCGUAAAAGCGGCUACAAGGCGCACUUUGCGUUUGAACUUAUCACACUUUACAUUCAUUGGUAGGUUGUACUUCAGAUUGUUUGUCCGAUACAACCAAUCACGUUAUUUACAUACAGUGUACAUAAUGGUGUUUUCUAAUUUCUAAGAAGUGUAUUCAUUCAAAUCGUGUAUUUUUUUAAAUUAAUUUAAUUUCCAAUAAAAUCAUCAGAUGUUGAAUGUU